AUGCAAUCUCUACUCCUUCCCGCUCCGUGGUUUUCAAAUACACAUUUUGGGCCGCACCGGUUUGAUAUCGACCCUGGCCAUAUCCCCAUACACUCCCGGCCGCCUUCCGCAGGGUCGAAAUCCAGCCUCGGGGCACUUCACAUACCACUCCCUAUGUCCGGCUCUCUGCCGACAGGCACUCAGUCGGAAGGUGCAGAUGUCAUUCAAUAUCAGCAGCAAUCGGGACCUGAAAGACCAACCCCAAUAGAUCCAGUUCGUACGAGUUUGCCACCGAGACUGCCGACCUUGAAUCCCAUAGGCACUUCAAGUGUAACGCAGCCGCCGCGGUUUCUCUCUCCAUUGGGAACACCAAUCCAUGGAAGCUCGGCUUUUCAGGUCCCCGGCAUCAACACUGGGCUAUCGCAGGUUUUUACGGAACCACCGCAAACUUAUGGCGUGCCGGCCACCAGUACCGUUCGACCGUUACCACCAAGAUCCACGAGACGCGCUAAGGCGCACGUUGCUUCAGCAUGUGUGAAUUGCAAACGGAAACAUUUGGGAUGCGAUUCUGCCAGACCAUGCCGAAGAUGUGUGUUAUCUGGCAAAGCGUCAACAUGUGUUGAUGUCACACAUAAAAAACGAGGACGACCACCUCUCAAGGCGGAGGAAACCCCUUUACGCGCAUUUUCUUCGGUCGAGGGAGCAAUGACGUCGAGAGAGCAAUAUCAAGUGGGAUCUGCUCGUGGACACGGCCAUUCUAGGACUUCUUCGCGGGAGAUUCGACCAAUCACCGACUUGCAAUAUGUACGCCCUCAGGGAAAUAAUGUGGCAGGGCCAAAUGUAAACUUCGAAAGCAUGCCUCCCCAUCACCAACGUUGGCAGCCGCUCACAUCGCCUCAAACGAUGCCAGCUGGUCGAGGUCAACCGCCUUUGGCAUCUCCGGUGGCACCUCCCUUUCAGCCACCAUACACUGGAGCCAACUAUCCCCAGAGUCCAUACGCGCCUUCACCUGUCCCAUCAUUUGCAACGUCUGCAACAGGCGCUGAGUUCCGACCUGUGCUAGCGUAUGGUGAUCGUCCUCCUGUUGUAACACCACCAACAGUAUCACCACAGCAAUACCAUCAGCCUUAUCCGCCGUCAUUGCCACCACAUGUGAAUCCACAAACACCAAAUCGUCCAGGAGAUACUGUAGGUCCGUCUCUUGAUAUUCAAGAUCCUUCUCGUGAUACUGGGUUUCGACUACCGCCAAUCCUGCCUUCGCCGACGGCGUACGCUCACGGAAGCCCAGCACAUUCUCACAAGCGGAGUGGCUCAUUCCCUGAUUUGGCCGGAUUUCAAACGCAAGUCCAACCUCAGCCUCAAGAAUCACCACGCUCUUUAUUCGACCCGCCGACCCGUGUGGAUUUGCGGUCACAAUUCCCAGCGAUUGCUAGGCCUCAGAGUUUGAUCACCGGACAGGAACAAAUGAGCCCGGAUUUCCAAACACACCAGUGGCCAGAUACUACAGGAGCUAGCGGAACAGCAUCAGACCGUCGGCGAAAGAGCGAGGCUGAUCAUGAGGAGAACCCACAGCCGGCUAAAAGACGAAGGAUGGCGUUAGACGACAUAGUUAACGACUAA